AGAGGAAGGAGGUGCAGCAGACCGCCGGUAGGAGAGGUCAGCACCGUGUUCCCACCGGAGACAAUGCUGUUUCCCCCCGUGCCUGCAUAACUGGCUGUGUUUAUACUUUUGUAAACGGCAUGAACAGGCCAUUCGUGCCUUUGACCUUCUGGUAACAUUACUGAAAAUGCUCCAUGCGUGUUGCUUAGUGCUAGAAGAUGGCGGAGUCGGAUGGCGGGGACUGUGCUUCGAAACACCCACAGAGCAGUAUGGCUAACAAGAAUAGCACCCUGCGCUGUACAUUCUCUGCACCGAGCCACAGUGCCAGCCUCCUCCAGGGCUUGUCCGUCUUGCGCUCCCGGGGCCAACUACUUGACGUUGUGCUGGCCAUCAAUGAGGAGCGCUUCCAGGUCCACAAAGCUGUGCUGGCCUCCUGUAGUGAUUACUUCAGAGCAAUGUUUACUGGAGGCAUGAGGGAGGCAAAUCAAGAUACCAUUGAGCUGAAGGGCCUGUCCGCCCGCGGACUGAAACAUAUCAUUGACUUUGCCUACAGUUCAGAAGUCACUUUAGACCUGGACUGUAUUCAAGAUGUCCUCGGGGCAGCCGUUUUCCUUCAGAUGGUUCCAGUCGUGGAGCUCUGCGAAGAGUUCCUCAAAUCAGCGAUGAGCGUGGAGACCUGCCUUCACAUCGGCCAGAUGGCCACCACCUUCAGCCUGUCUUCCCUCAAAGAGUCGGUGGAUGCCUUCACCUUCCGCCACUUCCUUCAGAUUGCGGAGGAGGAGGACUUCCUGCACAUUCCCAUGGAGCGCCUAGUCUUCUUCCUGCAGAGCAACAAACUGAAGAACUGUAGCGAGAUCGACCUCUUCCACGCCGCCAUCAGGUGGGUCCAGUAUGACGAGUCUCGCCGGGCUCAAGCCAGCAGCGUCCUCUGCCACGUGCGCUUUCCCCUCAUGCGCUCAUCUGAGCUGGUGGACAACGUUCAGACGGUGGACAUCAUGGUGGAGGACGUGCUUUGCCGCCAGUAUCUCCUCGAGGCCUUCAACUACCAGAUUCUUCCCUUCAGACAGCAUGAGAUGCAGUCUUCGCGGACACGCAUACGUUCUGAAGUCUUGUCAGUCAUCACCUUUGGAGGGACGCCGUACACUGACAACGACCGCACGGUGAGCAACAAGGUGUACCAUCUCCCUGACAUGGCUUCUCGUCAAUUCAAAGAGCUGACAGAGAUGGACACAGGGUGCAGCCACGCCUGUGUUGCCGUACUUGAUAACUUUGUGUACGUCGUUGGUGGACAGCACUUACAGUACCGAAGCGGCGAGGGGGCGGUAGACAGCUGUUUCCGCUACGACCCGCACCUCAACCAGUGGCUGCGCAUCCAACCUUUGCAUGAGGCUCGUAUCCAGUUUCAGCUAAACGUGCUGCGUGGACAGCUGUAUGCCACCGGAGGGCGCAAUCGAUCUGGCAGUCUGUCAUCUGUAGAGUGUUACUGCCCAAAGAAGAACGAGUGGACUAAUGUGGAACCAUUGAGGCGCAGGAUUUGGGGUCAUGCAGGGACUCCCUGCGGGGAGAGGCUGUACAUCUCGGGGGGUUAUGGCGUGUCGUUGGAGGAUAAGAAAACUCUUCACUGCUACAACCCAGCCUCAGACCAGUGGGACUUCAGGGCCCCCAUGAUUGAACCCAGAGUGUUGCAUGCCAUGAUCAGCACCAGGGAUCGGGUUUAUGCUCUGGGCGGCCGCAUGGAUCACGUGGACCGUUGUUUUGACGUGCUUGCGGUGGAGUAUUACAUUCCAGAGAGCGACCAGUGGACCACCGUCAGCCCCAUGAGAGCAGGACAGUCCGAGGCCGGCUGCUGCUUACUGGACAGGAAGAUCUACAUCGUCGGGGGCUACAACUGGCACCUGAACAAUGUCACAAGCAUCGUGCAGGUGUACAACACAGAGACAGACGAGUGGGAGAGGGAUUUGCACUUCCCAGAAUCCUUUGCUGGCAUCGCUAGCACACCAAUUAUUAUUCCACAAAACACCACACAACGCUAACCAACCGACCUGUGACUGUGAAGACUUUACUAUAUGUGAUCUUUACUGCCGACCACUGACGCAAGGAGUGAACAUUAUGUGAGCAACAGGUGGUGUGUGUUUGUGUGUUGUUCAGUCAUUUAAUGGAAUGGCCCGAAAAGCUACUAAGCAGCAUUACUCAUUUGGUAUAUUAUCAUGUGUCCUUGUUUUGGUCAAGAAGUGUUUAAUCAAUCAAACAAACCUUUUAGAGCACAAUUUGAUUUGAAAUUACUUUUAUGUAAAAGACGUCAGGAUCUUAAUACACUUAUGAUUGUGAUACAGGCUUUCAAAGGACCAUUUGUAACAGUAUUAUAGUUCUACCAAUGAAGGGCUAAAGUUACAUACAGCACAAAUUGUCUAACAUUUUGAAUGGAAGUCUUAAGUUAGAUUGUGUGUUUACAAAGGUAUUAACAGACUGAACCUUAUAUUGUUAGACAUUUUGAUUGUAUAGUUUUUGAAUGUUAAUGUUAAUGAUAAUUAAGAUUAUCCUUUUUUGACCGAAUCUCAGUGUUGUUUGUCUCCUCAAAUGUACUUGUCAACAAACCACAACGGACAGUAAUGAUUGCACAAAUGAACACGGGUAGUGUUUGUGUUUUAUGUUGAUAUCUCAUAUUAAAUGUGGUGUUAAUGUUGUUUUUCUUUAGCUACCCUGAGUAUCCUGAGCUGAAACCUGACAGUAGUUGUUCUCUCAGUCACAUAAGAAGCCAGUUUGGACCUCUUAAGGCAGCUACAUUAAUCAUUCAUGUGUUUUUAAUGUCAGUGUGUGCUGCUCUUUAUGUUAAACAAGUGUUGCAUAUUGUGUGCCACACAUGGUUUUGUCCCUUGACUUACACAAUAUAGUGCCAUUUAUUUAUACAGAUUUAACAUCAAAACUACUCUCAAAAAUAAUUUAAACAAUCUUUUUGCUGUGUUUGAUACCGGGUGGCU